AUGCCUUCCUCAAAAACUGACACCUCGCUGCGCUUCCCGGAAGCCGACGAGCAGAAGCGUCGCCUGCGUAACGUCACCCAGGACCAGAAAUCGGCCGCACGCUCGCAGGCCCAGACCCAGACCGGCCAGCAGAAAUCCGAGAGCAGCACCACUUGGGGCCCUGAACAGCUGCUGAGUACUCACAUGAACUCCUCGGGCGACCCGGUGCCUGACCCGGUGUCCUUUGGCAACGGAUCCAAGGCAAAGAAAAACAAGGUGACGGACGAGGAUGCGGAUCUGUUCGAGGCGAUGACUGCGGAGUUUGAUUAG